AUGGCCUUCAGAGGAGUGUCCGAGAAGAAGAUUGUGUUUACAGAUGAUGAUUUGAUCAACCACAAUCUGCAGCCUUCCCAGUUCCUGUCCGGGUUCCUGAUGGAGCUUUUGGAGAGAGAGGAUUCUGCCCGGUGUGUGGUGUACACAUUCCCACACCUCACCAUCCAAGAGUUUGUAGCUGCAGUCGCACAAUUCCUGAAUCCAUAUCCCGGGGAUAUCCUGAUAUUCCUCAAUGAAGCCCACAACACGACAGAUGGACGAUUUGAGGUAUUUCUUCGUUUUGUUGCUGGUCUCUCCUCCCCAAUGACAGCUCGGGGCCUGGAAGAGUUUCUGGGUCCAUUUCCUCAUGAAACAACCUGCCAGGUGAUUGACUGGGUGAAGAAGAAGGUUAAACACCAGAGUUCAAACACAGAGAGUGAAGCUGGUAAAAGGAGCCUCCUGAACACAUUGCACUAUCUGUUUGAGUCUCAGAAUCUUGGACUGGCUCAGGCCACACUGGAAUCAAUGGAAUCACUUUCAUUCCGUGGAAUGACACUGACCCCGAUUGACUGCGCGGUCCUGUCUUAUGUCAUCGGACUCCGUGACACAAUAAAACACCUCGACCUGGAGUACUGCCUUGUUCAGAGUGAAGGAAUCCAGCGGCUGGGACCCAGGCUGCACAAGUGCCAGGAUUUGAGACUUGCGGGGAAUGAACUGGGAGAUUCAGGAGUGAAACUGGUGUCUGCGGCUCUGAGGAACCCGGAGUGUAAAAUACAGAGACUGGGGUUGGACAAUAUCGAUCUCACAGUUUCUGGUGCCGAGAAUCUUGCCUCUGCUCUCAAAACAAACCGAUCACUGAUGGAUCUGAACAUGGGUCGUAAUAAACUGGGAGAUUCAGGAGUGAAACUGGUGUUUGUGACUCUGAGGAACCCGGAGUGUAAAAUACAGAAACUGUGGCUGAGAGAUAACAGUCUCACAGAUUCUGGUGUCGAGGAUCUCGUCGCCGCUCUCAGUACAAACCCAUCACUGACGGAGCUGGAUCUGAGUGAAAAUAAACUGGGAGAUUCAGGAGUGAAACUGGUUUCUGCGGCUCUGAGGAACCCAGAGUGUAAAAUACAGAAACUGCUUCUGUACAAUGUCGGUCUCAGGGAUUCUGGCGCCGAGGAUCUCGCCUUCGCUCUCAUUACAAACUCAUCACUGAUGGUUCUGGACCUGGGAUUAAACUCGCUCACAGACAGAUCUGUCCCGGCUCUCCGCCGCGUCAUACUGACCCUCCCGAGUCUGGGGCGGAUCGGGCUGCACUGGAAUCGGUUCAGUCCAACAGGAGAGAGGGAACUGAGAUCUCUGCAGGAACCCAGACCAGGACUGAGAGUGGAGUUGUGAAGAUCUGAAUGUGUGAUCAUCCCUGCUCGCUGGAUGAGGACAUGUUGGCCGAUUUCCUGCAAUACACGUUUAAUUUCUAACUGUUCUAACAGAUCCUGGCUUCAGCCGAGCUCUCUGUGAUCUCAGAGGCGGUGCCGCAGUGACGUGAUUCCACGUCCUAUCCAGUUCAAACAUUCCUUAAUUUACAUUUGUCAUGAUGAAAUCAAUAAACUGCUGUAACUUCCUGCAUUGGUGUCGGACCUGAGUCUCACUAGGGGAGAAACAGUGACCUGGGGUUACUGCUGCCCCCCGCACUCGGUGAACUGCAAUAAUGGUUCUGAGCUCCUCACACUGGUACAGCAGCGUCUCAGAGACGAGGCGCCCACAGACAGUUAACAUCUACUGUAAUGUCAGACGUGAUUUCACUGAGUUCCCAAGUACGAAUGGGAUGCGGGAUGGAAUACCGGCAUUCAGCACAGGGUGAAGUUCCAACCGCAUCGUCCCAUCACACACUCCCGGGGUCAGACACAGAGUGAAGCUCCCUCAACAUCAUCCCAUCACACACUGUCGGGGUUAGACUCAGAGUGAAGCUCCUUCCACACCUUCCAUCAAACACUUCUGGGGCAGACACAGAGUGAAGCUACCUCAACACCGUCCCAUCACACACUCCCGGGGUCAGACAGAGAGUGAAGCUACCUCAACACCGUCCCAUCACACACUCCCGGGUUCAGACACGGGGAGAAAACACGUCUCUGCAGUGUGAGAUAUACCAAAAGAGUUCUUGAGCUGAAACAGAUUACAAAGGACAUUCUCAUUGUGUUCACCUUGGAACUGUAGCAUAGGGAACCACAAACACACACACACACGCACACACACACACACUCAAUGAAGUGGUACAGCUGCGCCUCAGUUCCAGGCUGAGAUUGUCCAGUCCCCAGGAUCUCUUCAGUCCCUAUCCCCAUCCAGGCUGACCACCGCUUCCUUGCACCCGAGAUACACCCACUCUCCUGACCCCAGCCUUCCUGAGCACUCUCCUGGCUUUGCAGACAAAAUUGACAAAAGAGAUUGGAAGCUCAUAUACGGUAUACUAUCAGACCUGCAUCCUCAAUGGUCGGAAACAGCAGAGGGUCAGACACAGAGUGUAUCACGCUCUCCACGGAUCAGAUACAGAGUGAAGAUCCCUCUGCAAUGUCGCAUCACACAGUCUCUGGGUCAGACGCAGAGUGAAGCUUCCUCCGCAUGGUACUAUCACACAAUCUCUGUGUCAGACAGAGAGUGUGGUUUACUCCACAUCGUCCCAUCAGAACCAUCCAGGGUCAGACACUGAAUGAAGCUCUUUUUAAAUCAUCCAAUUACAUACAACUGGGGGUCAGAAACACAGUAAAUCUCCCUCUCCAUUAUCCCAUCACACACUCCCGGGUUCUGAGACAGUGAAGUUCUCUCCGCACCAUCCCAUCGCACACUACCGGUGUCAGACACAGAGUGAACCUACCUACACCACGUCCCAUUACACACUCACAGGGUCAGACAUUGAGAGAAUCUCUGUACACACCAUGAAAUAACCCACUACCGGGGUCAGACACUGAGAGAAUUCCCUCCACACUGUAUAAUAACACAAUCGCAGGUCAGACUUUGAGAAAAUCUCCCUCCAGACUGUCCCAUCGCACAAUUCCUGUGUCAGACACAGAGUAAGGCUCCCUCCACAUUCACCCAUCACACACUGUUUUAGCGUGGAAGCUUCGUUUGGAGUUUUUCUGCCAGUUUGGACUGGGUUCGUUGACGGCUCCCAGCUGCAGCUGCUGGCAAUUCUCCAGGAGACCGGUUUGCUCCAAACAACGGAGACAAACGCCAUUGCUCUCCCAUUAACAUCGGAACAACGUCCCUCCUCUUUAUCGUCGUGAUUCUCGUUCGGUGUAGGAGCCGGAGCAUCUGUUGAGAAGUCUCGACCUCUCACGGCCUGGAAGUUCUGCAGGACCGACGGAGCCUUUCCUGGCGCUGGAAUUUCUGGUGCCGAGCCUGCAAGAUACUGUCGAGUACAAACUUUUCAGGCCAGUCACUCAACUCGUUCCAGGACUUAUAACCGACACAUCCGUAUAUCUCUAGAUUUGGACAUAGUGUCAGCAUGCCGGGCCGUUCUCCACGGAGUUGCAGGCCUUCGGGGAGUUGGAUAAAGACGGCUGCAUCUCCAGCCUCGGACAACGCCUUGUUUUGGUCGGUGAAAGGAGAACGCGAGUGCAAUGUAUUUUGAAUCUAAGAACCGCCCUGCAAAAUAUAUGUGGCGGCUC